AUGUCUUCCUCUCCCGAUCACCGUCUAGGGGACCUCGAGGCCGGCGAGCUCGACCCCCUCCACGACACUCUCCAUGGCCCCGAGCCACCCACCCCCGCGCCCACCCGCUCGAUAUACUCUAUGACUCGCGAUGAAAUCACCAAGGGCAUAGCAAAUCGAUUUGUCCAUUCGAGGACGUACAUCAUCCUCUACCUCGCCAUGGCGGCGCUCUCCAUUACCACGGUCGUACUCAGUCUCGUAAAUGACUGCCCGACCAUACCCUUCUACAUCCUGGAGUUCAUCAUCAACGGUGCGAUGAUUCUGGAGGUUGUCAUCCGCUUUGUCGCGUUCGGAAAACAAUUCUGGAAAUCCCCUUUCAACAUCAUGGACCUGGUCUUGACCGCAUUCUGCGUCAUCACGCUCCUUUUCAUCUUCUUCGCGGGGUGCGGCAACACGUCCAAGGAGGAAGAGCUGCUCGACACCCUCCUCCUCGUCGCCCGUAACUUCCUACAAUUCGGCCGCCUCGCUGCGGUCAUGCGGCAAUCCGGACAGUCCAUCUUCACCCGCCCGAAGCCCAUCGACCUCUCCGCCGCGCGACGGCAGGGGUACACGCUGGACAUCGACAUGGAGGACGAGGACGAGGAGCUGGGGCGGCCGCUCAUGCGCAGCGACGUCGUGUUCGACGCUGCGGAAGACCCUGCGCGGGGAGCUCGCGCGCCCAUGUCGGAUAUGCCGCGGGCGGCUCAGGCCGUGCAGGACCGGGACAUGGAGGAUAUGUGGGCAGAAAUAGGUUAGCGAUAUUGCCGC